AUGUCGAAGGUUCGCAGGCUUACCUCAACCACUUGCGCUGCCGGUCAAGCGCCAACAAGCAACCCAAUUAUGGAGAGCUCUAGCAAGCCGGCUAGCCCACUCUCUCCUAGGUUCAUAAGGAUACGGCCGCUCGUGUCUCCUAGAAGGGCCGGUGCACCCUGUGCAGAGCACUCUAGAGCCUCUUCACUAUCAUCGCAGUGGUCUCAAUCAUCUGCGAUGAGUCCUGAGUGCUCUAACCAAUCGCCUUGCUUUCCUUCAGAACAAAGGAGCAACGGAAUUGCAAAGAAGCUGGAAUCCAAGCCCAAGCAGAGAAGAACCAGGCGAGGCUUGCGUUCAGGGCCCACACGCACAAUUGUGGAAGAAGAGAAGGACAUGGAUUGGUACUCUGAUUCUGCUGACGAGAACAGCGGAGGCGAUGCUGGGAAUCCGCAACCUCUGACGCCCAAGGCUAGCGUAAGCCCUGGACAACAUCUGCCGGCUACAAAACUUGCUGAUCAACGCUCAACGCGGCAGUCGUCCGAAGCAGUGGUGCCAUCUGCUGCGCAACAAUCUCAGCCAGUGUCCAAAGGGUCUACCGCAUCUACAAAGACGCAAGUGCCAUCAAGCGAGUCCUCCCGCACGAGCGGACGAUCCACUGCGGUGGAGCAGUUCACCGCUCGUCCGAAAGACACUCGCGCGUCUUCUUUGGCGCCUCAAAUACUCUUGGAUCCCAAAUUGCCGCCUUCAAGACCACCGACUCGAAGAAGACGGGCAGCUACGACCGAUGCUGUCCCAGUCUUUGACACUCGGCCAUUGAACUUCAGAAAGACAGUCGAUGUGAAGCAAGAAUCGCACGGAGAUCAAAGCCAAAAUGCGGCGAAGAAAUCGGAACACCGGUCCUCGAAGGAGCAUGCUAGGAGCCAUAGCUGCUCGAGCAGUCCACUUCUUGUCUCGCUGUUGGCCGCGGGCCCAAGUACUAGCAGCCAAGCGAAGGACAAGAUCCCAGUCGCGCAGAGCGUGCGGACGUCAGCUCUCCUUUCUGUGGAACGGCAGCGGACGUUGGCACCUAGCAGCGCGAAUCGCGGCUCGGCAUCUUCGUCCGGCUCCUCGCGGACCCACGCAUCGGAAAGAUGUCUCAGUCCACUUUUGGCUUCGCUCAAAGCCGAGCACGCCACAACAGUCGCCCUUUCAGCGCUGCUACAGUCACCACCAAGCAGCGUUUCGUCGUCGCCGCUAGAUCUGAGCAGCGAUUCCGCUCUAACUCCACGCGCUUCUUCUCAGAGCUUGCCUCUACAACCUCAGCAGCUUGGCAUUCGCCGGGCGCUUUCCGAAAAGUGUCGAAGAAGGCUGCGAGAGAGUGCUAGUGCAAGAGAGUUGCGCGGUGUUGCAAUUCCUGAGCUCGAAGGGUGCGCUGAAGAGGCAGGCGAGAGCACUCAGGCUAUGAGCCCAAACAUUUCAUCUGAGUCUGCGCGCCAGGCCGAUUGCGCUGCAUCUCUCGAUGACGUUCAAGCUUCUUCGAUCAAGUUUAAUGGUCCAUGCCACACGACCACGCAAGAGUGUGGCUUGAAGAUCACCUCCACUCAUGCAGUCAAUCGAGAUACCGACGAAGUGACAUCAGCUGGGAUCGCUUCGACAAGGUCUUUUCUCUCCUACUCACCCGAUAACGACGAAACCAUCAUCAACAAGCGAGGACAAGUUUACAGCGAACUCAAGAAGACGCGAUCGGACCUCGCGGGCAAGCUGCGCGCCGCACAGCAUUUUGCUGACAAAGAAGACGGUGCGCGGGAGUCGGAGCCACCAAAAAGAGCGUUUGCCAGCCCGCCAAGACUUUUGUCCAAGCAGCGCAUCACAUUUGCCGCGGAUCCUGUGGAAUCGAACACCUUUGCCCUCAAACAGAAGCAGGGCAAAUACGCCGUGUUGCCCGCGGACAGUCCUUUCGCCGCGAUGACGAGGACGGAAUUGAGCCGCAGAAGCAAGUCGCUCGACCUUCUGAGACAAGUCGACAGCAAAGGAGCUAUCGGUGACCGGUUUCCAGUGCGCACGGCGAAUUGGUUAGAUGAGUUCAAGUUCGAGUCGUCUUCUGCAAGACCUUCGGUCGACUACACAAGUGACCGCAAGAGCAACGGGUCGAUGCCUGCUGCCAAGAAGGGCAUCGAUCGUCUGAGGUCCAGCAUCAAUGUGAACAAAAUAGGCAUUCGCCGCCCUCCAGCGCCAUCUAGAGCGUCGCUGGAUGUGAGUCCAAAGUCGAAGCAUGGGCACGACAUAGAUGGAUCUCCUUCGAGUACGCCGUCGCUAGGUGUCCCUCAAAGGAUGAGUUCCAAAAUAGGACGCAAUGCGAAGUCGAAAGGCGCGGCUAAUGAGUCUCCCAAGUCCGAUGGGUUAACCCAUCGCACGAAGUCGAUGAUCCUGGAGCAAAGAGCAGAGGCACGAAAAGCCAUUGCCCCACCUGCGGGCUGGAGCCGCCACCCUGACGAGGGCCGCAAGAAGCCUGCUCAGGGAGCCAUAGUAAAGCUUGACAGCAGUCUCAAGAGCCAGCGGCCCACUAUCACCUGCGGCGUUGAUGUACAGCCUCCGCCGACUGUCAGAGGCUCGCGCGCUUUUCCUGUGAUGCCUCCUAGCGCGCCUUCCAGCAAUCCUGGCAACCCAUUGCUCGCUUUCAGUCUGAAUAACAGCGGCAGACUCUCAGUUCCACUCACCAAACGUACUGAUAGCGCGUCGAAAACAGCGUUCAGCAAGGGCGGCACUUUGUACAAUCCUUUGAUGGCAAGAGCGGGUUCGGCAAGCAUGACAGCGCUGGGUGCUGGGAGAGCUGGGCAUACUGUCAGUAGUUCGGUAACAACGCUUCCAGCGCUUCCGACGCGCAUCUCUCCUUCAAGUUCUUCUGGGCAGACCAUUCGAUUCUCUCCGCCGGCCGCUACGGUAUCCUCUCUGGAUCGGUCGGCUUCCAGCACGUCCUCUACCAUGUUUAGUGCUGUCAGUCACGGCACCUUUGGUCGUCCAACGCAGAGUCCAUCCACUCCGCAAGACCGUCAAGCUCCAAGCUCUGCUCCGGUGACGAACAGCUCUGCCUCUCCUGCUUCUCGGAGUAGUAGCGCCGCGCCCCUUCGUGAAGAGACCAACCAGCCUAAUCACACCAAGACAUGCCCUGCUUCGGGUCCACCCAGCGGUGUGAAGCACAAAUCUUCAAAAAGCUCUUUCAUCAGCAAGUCUGGAUUAAGCAGAAAGAAGACAAGGGGCGAUGCAUCCCCACCGCAGGCGUUUGAGAGGUCGGAAAGUGUUUCCCCUCUUGUAAACAGUGUGGACUCUCCAAGGUGAGUGAUGUAGGUGCAAGAUUCAGUAUGCUUGGGCAACGGACCGCUCACCUCACCAUCCUGCUCAUUGCUGCUCUGGCCCAUCAUCAGUCCGUCUUUCCUCUCCACAGGAAGCGCAGCGACCCCAAGCCCUCCAUCGGAUCCAUGUUCCAUCGCCAGAGUUCGCGCGAGUGAAGAAUUCGGCGCGUUGACGUCGCCUACCAAGCGCAUUGGCAAGCACGCUGGUCACGCUAGUUUGAUUGGAAUUCAAUCAAUGCCUCUUCUUUCGGGGACUCGAUCUGCUUUGUCGAAACGAACAGAUGCAGAUGCACCAACACCAGACACCAAGACAAGCGUAGAAGCUCUCGGGCCUAGGAAUGCGACCGGAGCGCCCAAGGCAGCCGGCGAAGGCCCUCAUCGACUGCCCGUCGCGUCGCACGGACAGGAACCACAGCGGUUGCUCACAAGCACAGAUGCUCCGCAAUCUCCAUCGAAAGAAUCUGAAGCAGGUCACAUUGGCGAACAGCCCUCAUUCUCUGGGCACGCUGGACAAGCCGCUCGUCAAAGGCAAUCCACCAAUGCGAUAGCAUCCCUUGCGCAGUCCAUCAGUAAUCGGAAUUCGCACAAGGGUCGAUGGAGGCAAGACGUUACGCCAGGCGAAAGCCCUCCUCGAAUGAGAUGGACGAAGCUCUUCGGUGGUCGCUAUCGCGCGCCAGAGGCUCAAAAGCUUUCCAGGUCCACGGACGACAGUCCCGCUGCGAAAUUGGCUUCCGAGUAUCAGAAGCACAGCUUGAGCGACAUAGAUUUGACAGAGCAUCGCGAAGCUUCACUGUCUCUUGAUCUCCUGAAUGGAGACGUGACAGAAGAGAUUCGCCAGUCGUGUGAUCAACAAGCUCGUCCAUCUUUCCAUGUCUCUCGACGCCCUUCCUGCACGUCCCUGCAGCAAGAUACUGGCGCCAACGAAAAGCGAACGUCAAAGGAGAGCUCUGUCACUUCAGCACCCAGCAAUUCUUGGUUCAGAUCCUCUCGCACGUCAUCGGUGUUCAACAAAAGCGCGGAAGAAGAUGCGGCAGAGGUGACUAGGCAAGCCAAGACGAUGACCAUUUCUGCCGCCCGGCAGAGAGCACGAUUCGUGAGCGGGACAAUCUUACGUUCGAGACGUGCAAAAUUUGGGCGCGAGGCAAAUGGACUGAGUCCUACCACGAGCCCAGCCUCUGCUUCGGUCGAUUCCGAGGAGCCAGUCAGCAAGCCGGCCGACGCAUCUGCCAGGUCCGACGCAGAAGCUCCCGAUCUUCCUAAGGUGCUGUCAGGGGAUCCCAACGGCCGCCCACACAUCGCUGAGACGAGCGUUGCGACAUCCUUGCGAGAACGUUCGCACUCACACUCGGACUCGCUCAAGCGACCCCCACCCUCGCGGUCUUCCAGACCUCCAACGGCGUCAUCGGACCGGCACGUUGGCUCUCGGCCAACGACUGCUUCAUCAAACAAGAGCGUCGGCUUCGGCACCUCAAGGCGAUUGUCUGGACGCAAUGUCGCCUCGCUCCGGAUCGACACGGCUUUGUGGAAGCCUGCAACGUCAGUGCAAGCAACGCAGCAGUAUGAGGUAGAGGCGGACUACGUGCAGGGUAGGCCCGAAGGUGCUGAUCAAAUGCCGCGGCGAUUGACACUGCGACCCUCCUCGCGACGGUCGGAAGCAGAAUCUUCGUGCAGGGCGUUCUCCCUGCGGACUUACUCAGUGGAAGACGAUUCAUUGGACUCGUCGCUCACCUUUGUGGCAACUGCUCCAACGCCAGAGCUCGCGUACGGCGCAAUGCCGGAGUCAGUCUCGGAAUACUCACCUGAUGACGAGUUUUACCCUACGCACUUAGCUGCACAAUUGCAGGUCCAAAGACGGUCAAAGAGCUAUCGCCCACAAUCGCGGUCGAGCGUGCGAUCUGGCAUCUCGCAGCGGUCAGCGCGGAAUGCAAAACUUUCGCAGCACCCUCCCGCUACGCCUCAGGAAUCGUCAAUGUCGAAGACAACACAAUCUCGAGCACUGUCACUUCGUGUCAAGAGCAAGUCGAUGACCAUUCGACGCUCCUUCUUACCUCAGCCACCUACACCAACGCGAGUUCAAUUGACCGCAAAACGCAAGAGGACAGGAAAUUUCAAACCUCGACCGUUGCUCUUGGUUGAGUCCAAACAUCAACAGGGGCUCGGUUCUGUCACUAUCGAUGAUGACUCGAGCUCUGACGAUGGCGAAAGGCAACAGGGGGAACAAGGACAGGGCUGGGAAAGCGACGCCGAAAACAAGGAGCGUCGCGAGUCGAAAUCAGGGAAGAGUCUCCCGAACGACAAGCCUACAAGUCCAACUAUUUCGUCACAAAGCCAGAAUAGUACGUGCUCGCCUGCCGAGGGAAGCUCCCGCUCAGCCGCGCGCGGUCGGGACGGUGUUGCGUCAAGGUCACAGGAAGUCCCAGCAGCUCGACAGCCACUGACCCAGAAGGCGCUUGAAGUGGCGCAAACGUGCUCCGACAUGUCUCGCAAGGAGCCCGUUCGCAUGGGUGUCGCGAAAGCAUAUGCAGUCGCGUUAAUACUUGGUGUGUCGCCCAAAAAUGGCCGACUUGCAAUCACACACAGCGUGUCUAGUCCACGAGGCUUGUCGCGCCGGGAAAAGGUGCGCUACGAAAGUACAAAGCGCACCGUGAAGCUCGAGCGGCAAGAUGCUCUCAGCAAGCUGGAAGGUCAAGUCGAUGCUGCGCACAAAGCGAAAGAUUGGCUGCAGCGUCUGCACAUCCAGAAGAGUAGCACCGCAGCCAAGGACCUUGGACCUAGGAUGAAAAGGGUCUCAAAAGGCAAGAGAAGAGCUACUGGCUGGGGUGAAGGAACGUCAGAGCUGCUGCGACCAUGCGAAGUGAAAGGCCGAAAUGUCAGUCCCCCGCCAGAAGAGGCGAUCUCAAAGUACAAGUCGAAGGCUUUGCCCCCGCCACCUUUGUCCGGUACCAUUCAAGAUCGGUGUGAUCCAGGACCCAGCAACUCUACUUCUGCCCGUCUUGCCGCCCAGUCCAGCUCUGCGCGACCACGUGCAGACGAGUGGAGUGACGACCCGAGCGCUUCGAGUGGCGUAGACGAUGGAGAACGCGAUUGGCGCAGGUAUCUAGAAGCUUUGAAACCUAUCGAUGCGGAGCAGCAUAGACUGUCCGCAUCUCACGGUGGGCAUUCAAGUGCCUGUGCAUCAGUCUCAAGCACGCGGGAGACGGCAUCUCUCACCUCUUCGAGUCGCGCGAGGACGAGACAGAUGCAUCGCAGGAGCGUUGGCAGACGAACGUCCGCUCGACCCAAGGUCACCGGCAGGACCACAUCUCCUUCUGCAUUCUUGCGAGGAGGCGUUACGGUGACAAUGCCCGGUCUCCGUCACAGCAAGAUGGAGCUCUUGGAGGUGCCCUGCCGAUCAGCAAAACAAUCGACACGGCCUGA